AUGUCUGAUUUUCAUACUCCUGUAGAUUUAAAUGAAGAAUCAAAAAAUGUUAAACAAAGAGAAAUGAUAAAGGUGGAUCAAAUGCCAUCAUUUUCAUUAACAGUCCUUUUUGGAUUUCAACAAGUCAUGGUAUGUGUGAGUGCAUUACUAACAAUUCCAUUUAUAUUAACUGAUAGUUUAUGUCCUGGUGAUAAAUUAAAUGAAGUUAGAGUUAAACUUAUUUCAGCAACAUUUGUUACUUCUGGUAUAUCAACAAUAAUUCAAUCUGCUUUUGGUUUUAGAUUAGCAUUACUUCAAGGGGUAGCAUUUGCCUAUGUUCCAACAAUAGAAGCAUAUUUUAAACAAAAACAACAAUGUUCAUUAAUGAUAUCAUCAUUGAUACCAUUUUUUAUUGGUAUAACAGGAAUGGUUGGAAAAAUAACAAAAUAUAUUGGUCCAUUAACAAUAGCAUCUAUAAUGUUAUGUUUAGUAAUUUCAUCCGUAAAUAUGACUGUAAAUAGAAUGGAAAAACAUUGGGUAGCUAUUGUACAGGCAGGAGCAUUAUUUAUUACAAUAUUAUAUCUAGCAAAUUUUAAUGUUAAAUUACCAACUUUUAAAAAUGGUAAAAUAAAAAUGGUUAAAACAAAUAUAUUUUCACAUUAUCCAUAUCUUAUUGCAAUUAUUGUUGCCUGGAUGACAUGUAUAAUUUUAACAAUAACUAAUUUAGUACCACCUGAAUCAGAAGCAAGAACUGAUAAAAAUUCAUCAAUUGCUGUUAUAAAAAAAUCACCAUGGGUUAGAGUUCCAUAUCCUGGUAUGUAUGGACCACCUAGAUUUGAUGCUGCAUUAAUAUUAGGAUUUAUUGUAUCAGCAAUGACAUCAGUCUUUGAAUCUAUUGGUGAUUAUCAUGCAGCAGCAAGAGUCUCUGAGGAAAGACCUCCUCCUUCUCAUGCUAUUAAUAGAGGAAUAAUUGCAGAAGCCUGUGGAUCAUUCCUUUCAUCAUUACUAGGGCCUGGAGCUGGAAUUACAACACAUACAGAAAAUAUUGGUGUUAUGGGAGUAACAAGAGUUGCAAGUAGAUAUGUUAUGUGUUUUGCUGGAUGUAUUUUAAUUAUUUUGGGAAUUUUUACUAAAGUUGGAGCUGUUUUAUCAACUAUUCCUGAUCCUUUAGUUGGUGGAGUUUUAGCAUCAUCAAUGGCUAUGGUAGCAGGUGUUGCUAUAUCAAAUCUUCAACAAGUUGAUAUGCAACUAAGUAGAAAUAUGACAAUUCUUGGUUUUUCAAUUAUGACAGGAAUUGCUCUACCAGAAUAUUUUCGAAGGCAUAAAAUUAAUACAAAUAAUGCUAUAGCAAAUCAAGUAUUACAAGUUUUAUUAACAUUAGAAAUGUUUAUAGGUGGUUUAACUGCAUGUAUUCUUGAUAAUACAGUACCUGGAGCUUCCAGGGAACAAAGAGGUUUAAGAGAAAGAGGACUAAAACAUGAAUUAGGAGAAAUGAAUCGUGAUGUUUAUUAUUGGCCAAAUUGGGCAAUGAAAAUUGUAGAAAAAGUUCCUAUUCUAAGAAUUCUUCCAUUUAUUCCUAAAGAAAAAGUUUUAAAAAAUAAUCAUAUUAAUGAUAUAUCAAAAUUUUAA